CGACCAGGAAACCCCUAUACUGUCACCCGAAAGAGUGGUGUGAUGCCCAUCUAGACGUUCUUCGUGUUGAAGGACUGGAUAGAGAAUACCCUAUUGAUCAUGUCCUACGCUGUCCCGUUCGCCUCGCCCGUCAGAUUCGGAUCUAGUUGGAACAGAUUCCUCAUUCAGACGAGCGCAAGGGUUUCAUUAGCAACUUUAUGCUGGGGCUGCGCUAUAUUGUAGAACACCCUCGUAUCUAUAAGGAGUGCAGUGUGGAGCGUUCUGCUGCCGGCAGUUACUCCGAUUAUAUCCAUUAUUUAAGAGAAGAUAUUCAGAAAUACCCUAAGGAGCAGCGAGCAUCUUAGAUAAACGAGAAUUCCUUUGUGGAACCAACGUUAAAUCUCCAUUACAAUGCGGGAGGGAACCAGCAUAAACUUGCCCUAAAGUCUAAAUGGAUAAUAUAUGAUUUCCCUGACUACAGCGAUUACCCGUUCAGCUUUUUCCCGAUUGUCACUAUUCUUUGUAGGAACCACGAUGACUAUAGAAACUGAAGAAGAUCCCUUCCCACUGAACAAGAGAAGAAGAGGAUGGUCCAAUAGAGACGGGCCUCGAAACCAGCAGAAAUGGUCGCUCUUUUGAUUGCCAUGGCACAGUAACAGAGGACGAGAGUCGAGAGUGGAAACCAGGGAGCGACUCGAUGCUGCUCCGAUGCCGUGUGUUCCGUCUUAAUAUGGGUGACCAAUACCAGCGUCCGCUUCGUUCGAGGGCACGUCUCAUUGUCUUAUCUUGACAUGCUUGCGCAUCCAGCGAUGCCCGUUUCAGAGGCUUUCAAAUUGGAGAUGUCUCCUCCAAUGGAUAUGCUCAUGAUCCAUGACCAACGAUUAAUUUUCCUCUCCCUAACCGCUCUUCUAGACCAAUAUUUCCGAUCCUUCCGACCGGAAAACUGGGUGGGGCCGGUGCAGGGCCGUUAGUUACCAAUAAUUCCAUACCAGCGGCAGGGCUUUCAUUGUGGAAUUAGCUCCCUUAGCGAUGUUGUUUCAUGCAGAUAUAGGUAUCUACAUCAACAUUCGCCGUGGCGGGUGUCAGCCCCCGAGAAAUUCAAAUACAGGGGCCUACCACCAAUCAACCCUGGGCCUUACAGUCCUGGGAACUUGCAAAAUAGGCCAUCCACAACCAACCGAAUUUCGGGCGCUUAUGCAUGUUGGAAAUUCCAAAAUAGCAAAACAGAAACCCAUCGACGCUAAGCCUCAAUAUACCUGACAGCACAGCUUCUAAGAAGCUCGGGAUUUAGCUGUUUGAAGAUGACUUGACAGCAACAUCCUUUUUUCGUGAAACAUGCGUCCGAUCAAGGCACCCAUAACUCUCUGCACAUGGCCAGAGCCAGGUUGGAAGUAUUUUUCUUGGAGACUAUUGACUAACUCCCGAUGUACUCAGAUCAAGGCUCGCUUGGCUGAACGGAACGAUGACAAAAAAAUGGAGUGUGUCUGCAAAGGGCCGUCGAAAGAAAAAAUGCCGAUCUAGACCCCGUUGAGAUCUCUGAGGUAUUCUUAAUUUCUGCAGCUCAGCGAUCAAUUUUUCCUAAAGACGGCAACCUUUAGUCCCGAAUAUAUUCGUCACUUUUGCUCCCAACUCUUGUUAAAGAUAUCACCAGGUUCUGAGUAAAUAUAUGCCUGGUGCAUUGGCCUGGUCUUGUUCCAUGCGUAACGCUAUUGUGAACUGCGUAACGUCGAUCGACUUGUGGAUUCGAUACAAAAGACAAGCCUCAGGUUCCUCACAGAUGGCGAUAAAGGACAAAACCUGGAUGUUUUGGUUAGCCGGGAAUAUGACCUUUCGCGGGAUGGCGCUGCCGAGGCGGCCCAGCUCUUGCUUGCAAUGGGCAACUACCUGGAAAGCAACGGACCACGCCUCAAGGGUAUCCCACCAUGGUGCGCCGCAUAAGUACACGCGCCGGGUCAGGGCUCGGUCAGCUGGUCUGACCGGUAGUUGUUAGCGGUUCCUCAUUUUAUCACAAAGUCAAGCCUCCUGACAUCAACAUAUUUAUAGCCACUUUGUACCCAGCAGGACAGAGCAGCCAGGAAUCAUCCCUGUUAUGAAGCAGAAAACGGCUUCAGCAUUGUGUUUUCUCCUCCGUUUUGCGACAUGUUAUCGAUUCUUGUUGUGAUUUGAAAUUUUGCCACAUGGAUUCCAUUGUUUACCAUUAAUCUGAGAGUUUUGGAUAUCAU